AUGGAACCUCUGGGAGCAACAACUGUUUUCUUGCUGAUUUGUGUCUCUUGCUUUCUUUUCCUUUCAGCAUGGAGAAAGAUGUCUGGAAAUGGAAAGCUGCCGCCUGGCCCUGUUGCUUUUCCCAUCAUAGGGAACACGCUACAGCUGAGUACAAGGAACUUGCCCCAAUCUAUACAUGAGCUCAGUGCGAAGUAUGGCCCGGUUUUCACAAUAUACGUGGGUUCACUGCGGGUUGUGGUGCUGUAUGGACAGGAGGCUGUGAAGGAAGCUCUGAUUGAUCAAGGGGACGAGUUCAGUGGAAGAGGAAAACUGGCACUGGCUGACAAGCUUGCCAAAGGAACAGGCAUUAUAUUCAGCAAUGGGGAGCGGUGGAAGCAGCUUCGCCGAUUUGCCCUCACCACCUUGAGAAACUUUGGGAUGGGGAAGAAAAGUGUUGAGGAAAGGAUCCAGGAGGAAGCCCAUUUUCUGGUGGAAAGGCUCAGAAGAACACACGGUGGGGAAUUGCUGCAUCUGUACAAUUUUUUCCCAACUCUCAUGGAUUAUAUCCCUGGGCCUCACCAGGAGUUACUUAAAAAUUCAGAGGAGUUGAGAAUCUUUGUUCUGGAGAGAGUGAAGAUGCACAAAGAGUCUCUGGAUCUUAGCUGCCCUCGAGACUUCAUUGAUGCUUUCCUCAUCAAAAUGGAACAGGAGCAACAGAAUGACCAGUCAGAAUUUAACGCUGAAAACUUGGUGAGAAGCACACUAGACUUAUUCCUUGCUGGAACGGGGACAACCAGCACCACCCUGAGACAUGGACUCCUGAUUCUUCUGAAAUACCCAGAUAUAGAAGAAUUUAACCCAGGACAUUUCUUGGAUGAAAAUGGUGCCUUUAGGAAGAGUGACUUCUUCAUUCCUUUUUCUGCAGGGAAACGGAUUUGUGUGGGAGAGGCUCUGGCUCGGAUGGAGCUGUUUUUGCUACUGACAACGAUUUUGCAGAAUUUUACCUUGAAAUCUCUCAUUGACCCCAAAGACAUUGAUAUAACUCCACUACCAAGUACAGUGGUAAAUGCACCAAAACCAUACCAGCUCUGUGUUUUGCCUCGAUAAAGACCAUGAAAAGUCAGCUCCGUGUCCUACACCAGUUGUGAAUUUGAUUGUCUAUAAUCCCAGACUCAUUAGUACAGUGACAGAAAUGAACUCACUGUCUCGAAACAGAAAGUUAAAUAAUCUGGCUUUUUAAGUAACUGUGAUGUAACAAAAUUAAGUGCAAUACCAAAAAAAUAACAUAGGCAUGUACAAUAAGCCAGCAAUGUUCUCAGAUUGUCUCAGGUGUGAAUCUGUUCCUGACAUAAGCUGGGUAUGUUUUCAGUUCAUUUGUGGUGCAGUUGACAACAAUGGAAACUACUUUUGACA